AUGGUGUCUGAAAGAAAGCAAUUCAGUGCUAAGGAUAAGGUGGAAGACUCCACUGAAGCUCCUCGUUUUGACAAAAAGUUGAUCAACUUGCUUGAAUCACUGUCCCUUCUCCGAUUUGAUGACGAACAAGCUGUUGCAUUACUUGGAACUGUUGUCAAAAAAGCGAAACAGUUACAACACGUCGAUGUUGAGGGCACUUCCACUAUGUUCACCGUGUGGGAGCAGUUAGAAUGCCCAGUGAAUGACGAUGUUCCUAUUUGUACAAAUGCUGCUCGUGUGCAGGACGAUUACUUUGUGUCACCACCUGGCAAUAUUCCGCUCACGGAAGCCAGUGACCUCGAUCUCAACCUCAUUAGUCAAUGGGAUAAAAUUGGGCUUACCUAA